GUGAAAGCAAAACGAAAGAAGAAAGCAAAGGAGAUUGAAGAGAGAUUGAAAGAGGCUGAAAAGAAAGAAAAAGAAGAAAAAGAAAAGAAGAUGAAGGCCUCACUGCCAGAGGCUGAAAUUAAAAGGAUAGAACAGAUGGUAGCACAACAGAAGUUGGACGAUGUACCAGAGGAUGUUCUGGAAGCAAUAAGACAGAUGGACGCUGCAGAAAAUGCACAAAUCAAUAAAGAGCAAGAAGAGAAACAGCUACCUCCUGAGGUCGUAGACUGGGAGGAGAGCAAAGUAUACAAUUUUAUGGACCAGGACACAAAGAGAAGAGUCCAGAAAUACUGGCAAAAUGCACCAUCAGGAGUAUACUUCUGGGAUGGAAGACAGUAUGGAGCACAAGUUUCAAGACAGGAUUUAAAAGACAUGAUCAUGGACGAACCGAUAGCAAGCAAUUGCAUCGAAUGUUAUGGAAUUCUCUUGACUGAUCAGUUGUUGGAGAAAGAAUCACAAGGCUUGGAUGUCCCAACUUUUAUGAAUCCCUUGUGCUGGAAUUCUGCAGAAAAUUUGACGGUGUAUUAUGUACAUCUGUACCUCUGCGAACCACUGUUCCAGAAUCUGGCAAGAUCCAACUAUAUAUUCUUCCCAAUCUCACAUGAAUCAGGAUUUCAUCAUACACUGCUCAUUUUUGACAAGGAAUUAAAGAACUGGUCCCACUGUGAUUCAAAAAGACCGAAAAAAUCAUCAACUGGAAAAUCCUUUAAAAAUGUACAAAAAAUGGUUGACAUGGUAGAACUUUGGAUGACAGCAGUAAAAGAACAAGCCGAUGACAUGCUGGAACAGGGAUGCAGAAUGAAAUUUGAUGAAAAGAACAGUUCAGAAGAAGAACUGAAAAUGAUGGAAGUUCUAUUGACUGAAACCGAGAGAGAAAGCAUAAAGUGGAUCAAGAAUAACUAUAAAACAAAAAUGGCAGUGACAGAACUCAAAGACAACCCUCAGCAAGGAGAAGAUUCAUUGGAUUGCGGACUUUUUGUAAUGUACACAAUGGAGAAAAUUUCGAAAAAAGGGAGAGUUCCAAAGAAGCUCACAAAGGAUGAUAUUUUGAAGUUUAGAGCUCAUGUUGUAAAGUCAUUUGCAGAAAAAAACAAAAAUAACCUGACUGAAGGUACUUUAGAGCUGCUGCAGAAAACACCCUUUGCAACACUGAUAGAUGCAUUCCAUGGAGGUUCAAUUAAAGAAAAUGAUGCAAAGAAAUCAGAUGAUUUAAUCACACUUCUGCUACAAGCAUACAACAGUGACACAUACCUUUUUGUGUUUGGGAACAAGAAAUUCAGAAUGUCAACAAGUGAUAUAUCUAUGAUUUUAGGAGUGCCGGCAUCCGGGUUAUCAGUACCAAAGACCAAAGAGGGGGCAUACAAAUCUGAGUUCGUGACUAAAUACUUUGACAAAAAGCAGAGGAUCAACAAGGCGGCUGCAGAGGAAGCUUUGAAGAAGGCAUUGGCAGAAACUCCAGAAACAGGGGAUGAAAAAACGAAACGGGACAGAAAUGUUGCCGUAUUAGUACUCUUGAACCUUUUCAUCAAACUCCUGUUCCCAAACUCUGGAGGAACAAUAUCUUGGGACUCUAUAAGAGUAUGUGAAGAGGUGGAAAGUCUGGGAAAAUAUAGCUGGGCAAAGGAAGUUGGCGACUUCCUUAAAAAAUCAAUUAAACGAAAGGCAAAAGAAUCCCAAAACAUGGCAGUACAAAAACUAGAUCAGUGUCAUGUCACUGUUAAGGUCACUGGACAAGUAACUGGCUAG